AUAUCCCCCCCUAUACCCCCUGUAUCCCCCCUCCCCCCCCUGGAGCUCCUAUUGGGUCCUGGGGUGUCCCCAUACGGUUUAGGUCCCCCAUUCCUCGUCCAGGUCCCAGCUCGGGUCCCAAAGGCCGGACCCGAAACGUGGGGGGCCAUAAGGGCUGGAUUAUGGCCAUGGGUGUCCAGGGGGGGUCGAGGUGACAGAGGGGACAUAGAGGAGGAAGAGGUGGGUGACACGUCGGCCAUGAUGGCGGCCGUGAUGGCGGCUCGAUGUGGGGCCGGGUUGGGGAUGGUGCCAUCGGGGGCGGCCGUGGUGGAUCCUAUAACGGGGAGGGUGGUGGCCACGGCUUGGGAUAGGAGGAGGGGGGGGCACCCGUUGGGGCACGCCGUCAUGGAGGUGUUGGGUGCUGUGGCCAGGGGGCAGAGGGGGGGGGAUAAAGGGGGGCCCUAUGGGGGGCACAUGGGGAUGGGGGGGCCACAUAGGGGUAUAGAGGGUCCUAAAGGGGGUGAGAAGGGGAUGGGGGGUAUAGAGGGUCCCUAUGGGGGUAUAGAGGGUCCCUAUGGGGGGCACAAGGGGAUGGGGGGACCACAUAGGGGUAUAGAGGGUCCCUAUGGGGGUGAGAAGGGGAUGGAGGGACCCCAUAGGGGUAUAGAGGGUCCCCAUAGGGGUAUAGAGGGUAACAAGGGGGGUAUAGAGGGCCCUAAAGGGGGUGAGAAGGGGAUGAGGGGACCCCAUAGGGGUAUAGAGGGUCCCUAUGGGGGUGAGAAGGGGAUGGGGGGUCCCCAUAGGGGUAUAGAGGGUCCCUAUGGGGGUAUAGAGGGCCCUAAAGGGGGUGAGAAGGGGAUGGGGGGACCCCAUAGGGGUAUAGAGGGUCCUAAAGGGGGUGACAAGGGGAUGGGGGAUAUAGAGGGUCCCUAUGGGGGUAUAGAGGGUCCUAAAGGGGGUGAUAAGGGGAUGGGGGGUAUAGAGGGUCCCCAUAGGGGUAUAGAGGGUCCUAAAGGGGGUGAUAAGGGAAUGGGGGGUAUAGAGGGUCCCUAUGGGGGUGAAAAGGGGAUGGGGGGCAUAGAGGGUCCCCAUAGGGGUCACAAGAGGAAGGGUGACCCAGAGGGGGGGAUAGGGGAUCCCCAUAGGGGUGAGAAGAGGAAGAGUGGCCCAGAGGGGGGUAUAGAGGGUCCCAAUGGGGCUGAUAUGGGGCUGGGGGUCUCAGUGGGUCCCAGUGGGGGUAUAGGGGGUUCCCAUAGGGUUGAUAUGGGUCUGGGGGGCACAGAGGGGGAUAUAGAGGGUCCCAAUGGGG